AUGCUUUCGGCAGUCAUAACAGCGCUUUUGCUUCUGGCUUCUGGCUGUGAGGGUCUUCCAACAUACGAGACACCUCUUUCUGGUAGAUGGUCAACGCUGCCCAAUAUCACGCGGGAUGGCUUAGAAUAUCCACGCCAAGAGCACGCAGCGGUGCUAGUUGACGACGAUAUCUACGUGCUUGGUGGCAUCCUACCGUGGAAUGGCAAGGAAUAUGCUACCACCAAUAUCGUCCAGAAAUACAACAUGAUAACCGGCACUUGGACGGAGAUGGCUUCCAUGCCUGCGGCUCUGAACCAUGCCAAUGUCGCCGUCGUCGAUGACAAGAUCUACUGUCUUGGUGGCUUGGAAGCACUCGAUGAAACAUAUUGGAAUGCGACAGGCAGGUCAGCGGUCUAUGAUCCUACCAUUGACAAGUGGUCUGUACUGCCUAGCAUGCCCGAAGGACGAGAAAUUGGCAGUGCAGCAACUUUGGUUGUCGACGACACAAUCUACCUCCCCGGAGGACUUGCAUACACAAACAUUACCUAUGAUCAGGAAGGAACAGUGUCUCGAUUCACGUCGUACAACGUGAGAACCCAAGAGUGGGCAAUUCUGCCGGACCUGCCUGCUCCGCGUGAUCACGCUGGCAAAGGCAUAUAUCAGGAUAUGCUGUAUAUUUUGGGGGGACGAGCGUUUGGGAACAAAAAUGUUGUCUCCACAGUGUUUGGAUUCAACCUCACCUCUCACCAAUGGUCAACAGGGUAUGAACCCAUGCCCAUUGCCCGUGGAGGUGUCGCUUCUGCUUCUAUCGGUUCUCAGAUGUUCACGGCAGGUGGAGAAGGGGACCGCAGUACUCCCACUGCCGUUUUCCCUGAGAUGCAGGCUUAUGACGCCGCCAAGAAUACUUGGAUCAAAUAUGCAGACAUGCCUCUUCCAAUUCACGGGUCUGACGCUGUGGUAUAUAGAGGUGAGAUUGUGAUUCCGGGUGGGGGAAUUGUGACAGGAGCGACUUUGACGCCAGUUGUUCAGACAUUCAAACCUCCCAUCCAGGAUCUGGGAGAGCAAGGCAUGAGUCCUAUGGUUAUGGUAUAUCAAGUUAUUAUUGACUUACCCCGGAUGCUGCUCACGAGAUGA